AGAGACUGUGUCAAGAUGACCUCUGAGGAGAUGACAGCGUCUGUUCUCCUCUCUGUGGUACAGGGUAAAGUGAUAGCUGCCCAGUCAGCUGGAGAUGAAAAUACUGAAAAUGCUUUGGACACCAGUGUUAUAAGAAGACAUACAGCCAGUUCGGGAAGGCAAACCACACACAAUCUGUCUUACUUACACAGACUUGAAGAAGAAAGUCUUCAGGGCUCAGUGCCCAAAAUAUUCCCUCUGGCCAAAGAACAACUGGCUAACGACAAGAGUAAUGAAAAUUUCUGGGAGAGGAACAGCUCCAUCUCUGAUUCAGUGGAAUUUCUUAACAUUAACUGUAACAUUGUACAGAAAAACUACAAAAGCAAUAUCUCCUGCAGCCAGUUGUAUCAAUCGUGUGCUCCUUUAGCAGGGGAAGAGGCAUGCCUGGAAACUGGAAUUCCUGUUUCGCUGGAAAGAGCCAUGCUUGCUGAAAUUCAGCUGAAAAUGAAUGGACCUUCAUUAAGAAGCCAGACAGCAGUAAAUAAGAAUGACAGCAGUGAUCCUGAUAAAGUGGCCUUUUUUCACUUACAUUGUGCUAGUGAAAGGAAUAUAUCAAAGGCUUUGUGUGGUUUACACAACAGCUUCAUUUUGGAUGACUGCUUACAGCCCAUGAGUGAUGGUGAUGGUAACACCACUGGUUCCCCAGCCUGCACUUGCAGCAUAAUGCAGCUGACACAUAAUUGUGAGAAUAAAAAUGGACAGCAGUUGUAUGAAGAUGCUUUAAGGGAUAAGUACUUAUGUCUGGAAAGAGCACCACAAAAGGUUAAAGUGGCGUGCUCAGGACACAACUUCUGUGGAAAUAACUUUACUGGAAGAAUGCCCUCAAAGCCCUUUCUGAGCCAUUUUGAAGACUGCAAUGAUAACUGUGAAGAAGAGAUGGAAGAGGAUUUUUUUAGAAACAAAAAGGAACGUUCUACAUUAUUAAUAAGACGUUUCUGUAAAAACGAUAAAGAGGUUAAAAAAUCAGUUUAUACUGGAACAAGAGCAAUUUUUAGGACUUUACCAUUGGGCCACAUAGGAACUGUUGCUUGGAAUUACGUUGAGCAAAGGAGAAACAACAGUGGCAUGAAACUUUCUAGGAUUACAACAGAACAGUUAACUAUAAUUCAGUCCCUAAUAAAAUGGAAAUUUAAUUCCUAUCCUGAGAAGUCUUUAUGGUAUGAGAUCUUCAGUACAGUGACAGAAGAAGAGGAAGGAGCAGAAGAUAUUUUUGAAUAUAUUCCUCAUCUACUGAGAAAGCUCCCAACAUCUGUUACAGACUGUAUAUACAAAGGAGGUGGUUUUUAUGUAAAACCAUGUGUAACAGGUGCUUACUGUCAAUAUCGUGCCACUUUACAGAGGACUGCACUCUCUAACUAUAUAACUGGUGCUUUACUAGAAGCAACUACAUCAUUAGGAGCAAGAAGUGGUCUUUUAAAUAUCUUUGGAGGAUCAACUGGAAGAGCAAUGCUUAAAGAACGCCAAGCGUGUACAUCCAUGGCUGCCUCCAGCAUCCUUCCCUCCAGCGUGGCCGGUAUCAGCAAGGAGCUGCUCGAGCUGCAGCACCUCAUCCAGUUCCCCGAGGAGGUUGCCAGCAUUCUGACUGAGCAGGAGCAGGAGCUCUACCGCAAAGUGUUACCCAUCGACUACCUCUGCUUUCUGACCAGGGAUUUGGGUAGUGCUGACUGUCAAAGCAAGCUGCCAUCUAUUAAGGCAUCCAUAUCUGCUACUAUUCUUUCUUCUCCCAAUGGUGAACGUAAUGCUGUAGAAGAUCUUGUGGCAAGGUUUAAUGAGGUGAGCUCAUGGGUUACCUGGCUGAUCCUGACUGCAGGUUCUAUGGAGGAGAAACGAGAAGUCUUCUCAUACUUAGUACAUGUGGCAAAAUGCUGCUGGAAUAUGGGCAACUACAAUGCUGUAAUGGAAUUCCUGGCAGGGCUAAGGUCAAGAAAAGUUUUAAAAAUGUGGCAAUUUAUGGACCAGUCUGAUAUUGAAACCAUGCGAAGUCUGAAGGAUGCUAUGGCACAACAUGAGUCAUCAUCUGAAUACAGGAAAGUGGUCAACCGGGCACUCAAUAUUCCAGGCUGUAAAGUUGUUCCUUUCUGUGGUGUAUUUUUAAAAGAGCUCUGUGAAGUUUUGGAUGGAGCAUCAAGCCUCAUCAGACUCUGUCCACAAUAUAAUUCCCAGGAUGAAACACUAGAGUUUGUUUCAGAUUACAGUGGACAAGAUAAUUUCUUACAACGAGUAGGCCAAGAUGGUUUAAAUAAUCCAGAAAAAGAAUCAACAACAAACAAUAUCUUCCAAACUAUCCGGAGCUGCAAUCGCAGUUUGGAGUCUGAGGAGGGUGAAGAUAAUGUCAGUGAAGGGAGCGAUUCAAGGAAAAAUUCCCUGAAGGACAAAAACCGCUACCAAUUUCUCAUCGGAGAUCUUUCAGAUUCUGAAAGUGACAUAUUUGAGCAGUUGAAAGAAUGGGACACAAGUUCAACAGAAGAGCAGCAAAAGGCUUUCUGCCAUGGCAUAGAACUCAUUCCCUGGUACGUGUUGUCCAUCAGGGCUGACGUCCAUCAGUUCAUGCAGCAAGGGGCAACCGUCAUUCAUUACGACCAGGACACACAUCUUUCAGCUCGUUGCUUCCUUCAGCUCCAGCCUGACAAUAGUACUUUGACUUGGACAAAACCCACAACAGUUUGCCCUGCAAAUGCUAAGGCAAAACUGAGUGUGCUGGGCAAUACUGCUGAGCUUGGUAAAUACCAGUUUCUUGGUAAUACUGGACUGGUGGAAGGCUUUUUGGACUUGUUUUCAGCCAAGGCUGUAUAUAUGGGGCAUUCAGGCAUUGAUAUGCACACUGUGUGUGUUCAAAAUAAGCUUUGCAAUAUGUCCCUUGAAGAAAAUGGUAUAACACUACUUUAUGGACUUCAGACUACUGAUAAUAAGUUGCUGCACUUUGUUGCUCCAAAAUACACUGCCAGAAUGCUGUAUGAUGGACUGCUGGAAUUGACUAAAGCUGUAAGAAAAAUGAGGCGAUUCCCUGAUCAAAGACUGCAGUGGCUACGGAAACAGUAUGUCAGCCUUUACCAGGAGGAUGGAAGGUUUGAAGGCCCAACCUUGGCUCAGGCUGUUGAGCUCUUUGGAGGCAGACGAUGGAGUGCAAGAAGCACAGGCACGGGAUCUCUCACCAAAAGCACUGAGAAGCCCAAUGUGCAGAGAAACAACACUCUGGGAAUAAGCACAGCUAAGAAAAAGAAGAAAGUACUCAUCAGGGGUGAAAGUGGAGAGGCCACUGAUGAUGAAAUGGCAACUCGGAAGGCAAAGAGCUGUAAGGAAUAUCGUAAUAGAAGUGGUUCAGAUCCUCAAGAUAUUGAUGAACAAGAAGAACCAGAUCAAAAUAUUAUUAUUAAUGCUUCUCCAUCUAACAACUUGCCAUCAAGAAGAGCUCACUCUCUGACAGCAUCUGGAUCUCCCAACUUAGGAGCUACAUCAUCUUCACCAGCAAGACCAGUCUCCUCUCCUGUAAUAUCAUCAAGCAAAAGUCAGUCUAGCACAUGGAGCAGCAGUAGCUGGCAUGGCCGUGUCAAAGGAGGAAUGAAGGGGUUUCAGAACUUCAUGGUAUCUGAUAGUAACAUGACUUUUGUGGAAUUUGUAGAGCUCUUCAAAUCUUUCAGUGUCCGUAGCCGCAAGGAUCUGAAAGACCUUUUUGAUGUUUAUGCUGUGCCUUGCAAUCGAUCUGGCUUAGAGCCUGCUCCACUUUAUACUAAUUUGAAGAUUGAUGAAAAUAGCAGUGGAUUCCAACCUGAUUUAGAUUUGUUGACUAGAAAUGUUUCAGACCUUGGUUUGUUCAUUAAGAGCAGGCAGCAGCUAUCAGACAACCAGAGGCAAAUAUCUGAUGCUAUUGCUGCUGCCAGCAUCGUAACCAAUGGCACUGGAGUUGAAAGCACAUCACUGGGAGUAUUUGCAGUAGGAAUUCAGCAGCUGAACGACUUCCUAGUGAAUUGCCAAGGAGAACACUGCACCUAUGAUGAAAUCCUCAGUAUUAUUCAGAAAUUUGAACCUAGUGUGAACAUGUGCCAGCAGGGGCUGCUAUCUUUUGAAGGAUUUGCAAGAUUUUUGAUGGAUAAAGACAACUUUGCCUCCAAAAAUGACGAAUCACAGGAGAAUGCUGAGGACUUGCACUAUCCUCUCUCAUAUUACUACAUAGAAUCCUCACACAAUACUUACCUUACUGGCCAUCAGCUUAAAGGGGAGUCCUCAGUGGAGCUCUACAGCCAGGUUCUUUUACAAGGCUGCAGAAGUGUAGAAUUGGAUUGCUGGGAUGGUGAUGAUGGGAUGCCUAUCAUUUAUCAUGGGCACACUCUUACUACAAAGAUCUCUUUUAAGGAGGUGGUGGAAGCCAUCGAUCGCAACGCGUUCAUCACCUCCGACAUGCCGGUCAUCAUCUCCAUAGAAAACCACUGCUCGCUGCCCCAGCAGCGCAGGAUGGCCGAGAUUUUCAAGAAUGUGUUUGGAGAUAAGUUGGUGACAAAGUUUUUAUUUGAGAGUGACUUUUCUGAUGAUCCCAUGCUGCCUUCCCCUGGCCAACUGAGAAGAAAAAUCCUGCUUAAAAACAAGAAGCUGAAAGCUCAUCAAACACCAGUGGAUAUAUUGAAACAGAAGGCUCAUCAGCUAGCACAUUUGCAAGCACAGGCUAGCAAUGGUGCUAGCAACCCCACACCUACCAAUGAAGAGGAAGAAGAUGAAGAGGAUGAAUAUGACUAUGACUAUGAAUCUCUCUCUGAUGAUAAUAUUCUUGAAGAUCGACCUGAGAAUAAAUUAUCAAGUGAUAAACUGCAGUUUGAAUAUAAUGAAGAGACUGCCAAACGACUAAAGAAGGCUGAUUGUGCUACUUACAAUAAUAAAGGAAAGGUUUACGACAUGGAGCUGGGUGAAGAAUUCUAUCUUCCACAAAAUAAGAAGGAAAGCAGACAAAUAGCCCCAGAGCUAUCAGAUCUUGUCAUUUACUGUCAAGCUGUGAAGUUCCCGGGCUUGUCAACUCUAAACCCAUCUGGCUCUAGCAGAGGAAAAGAAAGAAAAAGCAGGAAGUCCAUUUUUGGCAACAAUCCUGGCAGGCUGAGCCCUGGGGAGUCAGCUGCUCUUGCCAAAGCAUCUGGAAAAGGUCCUUUUGAUGCGAUGCGGCAGACCUGGGAAGAUCCUUGCUCUCCUUACAACUCUCCAGCCUCCCUCAGUGCCAUCAUAAGGACUCCCAAGUGCUAUCACAUCUCGUCCCUGAACGAGAACGCUGCCAAGCGGCUCUGCAGGCGCUAUUCCCAGAAGCUGAUCCAGCACACCACCUGCCAGCUCCUGAGGACCUACCCCGCUGCCACGCGCAUCGACUCCUCCAACCCCCACCCCCUGAUCUUCUGGCUGCACGGUGUGCAGCUCGUGGCUCUGAACUACCAAACAGACGAUCUUCCUCUGCAACUCAAUGCAGCAAUGUUUGAGGCUAAUGGUGGCUGUGGAUAUGUUCUGAAACCUCCAGUUCUGUGGGAUAAAAACUGUUCAAUGUACCAGCAUUUUUGUCCAUUGGAAAGAGACCUUGAUAAUAAAGAGCCAGCUAUAUAUUCUCUAACAAUCGUGUCUGGCCAGAACGUUUGCCCCAGCAACAGCACGGGCAGCCCCUGCAUCGAGAUCGACGUGCUGGGGAUGCCCCUGGACAGCUGCCACUUCCGCACGAAGCCCAUCCACCGCAACACUCUCAACCCCAUGUGGAACGAGCAGUUCCUUUUCCGGGUUCACUUUGAAGAUUUGGUCUUUCUCCGCUUUGCAGUUGUUGAAAAUAACUGCUCAGCUGUAACAGCUCAGAGGAUUAUUCCCCUAAAAGCGCUGAAGAGAGGCUACAGACAUGUCCAGCUCCAUAACUUACACAAUGAAACAUUAGAAAUUUCCAGUUUGUUCAUAAACAGUCGGAGAAUGGAAGAAAAUCCCUCUGGAAACAGUCUGCCUGCAUCCAUGUUGUUUAGCCUGGGAGAAAGGAAAGCUACCAUGACUUACAAAGUGACAGUUCAUGGAAUUCCAGGCCCAGAGCCUUUCACUGUUUUCAGUGUAAGUGCGGGGACCACGGCUGCACAGCUGCUCAAUCAGCUCUUGGCUACCAUAAAAGGCACCGAGUCAUGCGCUGCAGACUAUUUUCUGAUGGAAGAGAAAAGUUUUAUAUCAAAAGAAAAGAGUGAAUGCAGAAAACCACCAUUCCAGAGAGUAAUUGGUCCUGAAGAAGGGCUAGUGCAGCUUUUAAACAGUUGGUUCCCAGAAGAAGGAUAUGUUGGAAGAAUUAUCUUUAAAACUCGAGAGGAAAAUUUAAAUGAGAAAAAUGUCUUUCAAGAAGCAAAGGAAGAAGCAGCCAUCAGCUCUGAGGAUGACAGCUUCUUUGUUCAGGUACAUGAUGUCUCCCCAGAGCAACCACGCACCGUGAUCAAAGCUCCACGCCUCAGCACGGCUCAGGAUGUCAUACAGCAGACUCUCUGCAAAGCCAAGUACUCCUACAGCAUUUUGAGCAAUCCAAACCCAAGUGAUUAUGUGCUCUUGGAAGAGGUGACUAAAGAGCCAGCAAACAAAAAGUCUUCAACAUCUAAACCAUCUCAGAGGAUUCUCUCUGAUCAAGAGUGUGUGUUUCAGGCCCAAAGCAAGUGGAAGGGAGCAGGAAAAUUUAUCCUUAAGCUCAAAGAACAGGUUCAGGCAGCACGAGAUGACAAGAGAAAAGGCAUCUCCUUCACCAGUGAACUGAAGAAGCUGACCAAGUCAAGUAAGCAGUACCGGGGCUUCGUGUCACCCGCGCUGCAGGUCCUGUCGGACAGUCCCCAGGGCAGGGACGAGAGAGCCGCCUGCGCCUUGGCCUUCAGUGACAUCAUGGAAUAGUCCCGGCUGCUGCCACGGCAAGGCCUGCUCAGUGCCUUUGAAGGAUCCUGCUGCGGACUGAACUGGUCAGAAUUGUGUGGCCUGUGCUACAGACGUUUAAUCCAGGCCAUGCUGCUGGGUUAACAUCCAGACUCUGGGAAUCCUAAACGGGAUACUGUAGAUGGGAAAGAUGCCUGUCAGCUCUCGAAGAUUCCUCUCUUCCUGUUUCUUCACAUCUGCAGAUUCUCCAUAGGCGGAUGGAGAAGUUUUCUUGGACUGUAUGUUGUAAACAAACACGUGUCAUCGCCCUCCCCUUUUUAAACAAAAGAUAAUUUUAGCUUUUUGCCUCUAAGGAAUCUGAAGGCAGAGAACCAGAGUUGUCUUUUAUGUGUAUUAUAUUAAAAUAACGCACUUUUACCUGAUGAUUACUGUUAAACACUGUGUUAAGUGAUUGUAAAGAGAUUUAAAUAUACUGUAACUUCCUUUGCAUAUCUGUUUAACUUUGGUGAAUAUACACAAAACACUCAAAAUUAUUUAUGGUUUAUCUAUGUUAACAAAAUAAUGUACAGUAGCUGAGUACACCUUACUGGUAGUGAGACCUUGGCAAGGAAAAACAUUUUCUUCUUAUAAAUUUAGUUUUCCAGGCUUGUGUUUAAAGAAAGAAUAUUUAUGAUCAUGUUUUAAAGUACAUGCCAUUGUAUAGUAUAUUUAUCAUAUACUACUUUUUAGAAAA